AUGAAAGUUUUAGCAGUACUAUGGACGGUCUAUUUGAUAAGGUUAUGCAGUGCAGGAUGUCUUGGAAAGAGUAAGACCAAAGAUGACGAUAAUGGAGCUUAUGGUGGAUCUACGGAGAAUCUCAGAGCAGUUCCACCUCAACAGCCUGUAGAGUCUCCUAGUAAAGAACCUCAGGUUCCUCAGUCGGCUUCUGAAUCUAAUGCACAAGGUGUUUCACAAGAUCCACUUGCUAACUCUGCCCAAGAGGCACAAAAAUCUGCAGCUGUUACGAAGGGUCCAGUAGUUCAGCAGGGAGGAGCACAGGUGAAAGCAGUUCAACCUGUUCCACAGGGUCAAGUUCCUAAACAAGCUCCACAGCCCGCUACUCAACUUCCACAAGCUCAACAAGGUAAUCAACAACCUGUUGAACAGCAAAAACAGGUGGAUUCACAGGGACAAGGUGUUUCGCAGGAUCAACCCGCUGAACCGAAAGGUACACCAAAACCGGCUGAAGUUAAGGAGGAACAACAGCCGACUGCAAACCUCCAGGGAGGUGUCAAGAAAGAGCAAGAUGGCAAACAAACUCAACCACAAGAACGGCAGCCACCAACUGAUGAACCUGUUAAUCGAGGCAGCGGAUUUACUGGAGCCCAAUUCAACUCUCCUACUGCUGGCCAGAAUAACUCAACACCAAUGCAACUUGCAACUGGAACGUCUGGAGAAUCAACAGAGAGUACCAAUACCUCACCUUCUUCGGAGACUCCAACAGGCAAAGGUGUAAAACUUGAUGUUGCAUCUUCAAGUACAUCGCAAACUGGCCAGUCUGGAAACUCACAGACUAACACAACAGACUACAAGGAACAUGUUCCCAAACAAAAUGACUUUUUCGACGAGGUGGUUGAUGGUGGAGCUACUCUAUGGAAGGCCACUGGAAACGAAAAAUGCGUAAAGGUGAUACUUGAUGCAAGUUUAGGAAAGCCUACUCUCUUCCUACAAAUCGACGUUGGCGCCAAGUACGAGUUCAAGACCUUUGAGAAGGAAGACAAUAGGUGGAAACUCAAGGAAGGCUCACAGACAACACCUCAAACGAAUAAAAAUUCAGAACCAGAUAAAGAACAAGGUCAACAACCAAAACCAGAGACUCAUAAUCUUGGAGCUAAGCCAGCUACCCGAAGCGGAGCUGGAGAUCCUGAAUCAGGAACAAAUUCAGAUGAUAACUGA